CCUUUUAUAUUGUCGUAGUUAACUGUCUCCAUUUUAAAUUUAGUUGGUAGGCUAAGUUCAUCGUUUUUCAGUUAGUUCGAAGGCUUCUUCUAAUCAGUUUUUAAAAUGUCGAACGAUUAUGAUGGCGGUCAAAUGAAUGGAAAGGGCGUAAAUGAAAAUUCAAAAAUAUUUGUAGGAGGGCUGGCCCGAGAAACGACAGAUGAGGACCUUAGAAACUACUUUUCAAGCUUUGGUACAGUCUUAGAAUGUAAUCUAAAGAGAGAUUUCACAACGGGUGUAUCUAGAGGGUUUGCUUUUGUUUCAUUUGAAGAUCCAAAUGCUGUUGACUUGGUUGUUGCCAAAUCUACACACAUUCUUGGUGGUAAAGCCAUAGAUCCCAAAAGAUUAAAAUCCAAAAAUGCUCUGGAAGGUUGCACAAAGGUUUUUGUCGGUGGUGUUGAUCCUAAUUUACCCGAAUCAGACAUCAGGGAAUAUUUUCAACAAUUUGGCAAGAUUGAGUCAAUGGAUCUGCCAUAUGACAAAGAGAAGAACCAACGAAGAGGCUUUUGCUUCAUAAACUUCGAGAGUUCAGACGCGGUUGACAUGCUCUGCACGAAAAGUAAACACCCGCUGGGUGAGAGAGAGGUGGACGUGAAGCGGGCUACACCACAGGACCCGAAGAUGGGUGCAUUCAAGGCGGGCAUGAGAGGAGGCAGCCGAGCGGGAGGAGGAAUGCCGUUCGGUAUGCCCGACUAUGGCGCGAGAGGUGGUAGAGGAGGUGGAGGAGGCAGCAGUUUCCAGGCUCAGCCAGCUGCUGUUGGUGGCUACCCACCCUACUACAACUACGCCGGCUACUAUGGACAGCAAGCAGUCGGUGUUGCUACUGCUGCCGGGGGCUAUGCAGCCGCUGCUGGGGGGUACGGAUUUGGAGGGGGUUAUUCAACUGAUUCUUAUUCUGGUUAUCAGGCUGCUAACGGUAGGUCAUAUGGAAUGCCAAAAGCCGGAAUGUCUAAUGGCAAAACAGCUCCAACACGUGGUGGAUUCAACGAUAGAUAUCAACCAUAUUAGUGAUGAUAUAGAUGAUAUAUAUAUUUAUAUAUAUACAAGGAUGUGAUGAUAUAUAGGAUGAUAUAUCUAUAUACAAGUCAUUGAUUGCUCUUCCAUUCGUAUGUUGGAUGUAUGAUAUAGUGUCAUUGGUUGUUUGAGUGUGUUGAUGACUUGAUGAUGACCUCUUGAUGAAUAAUUAGGAAAGUAUAUAUAUGUGUGUGUGUGUGUGUGUGUGUGUGUGUGUGUGUACGACUUUUUAGAUUUAGCAGGUGUCAACUCCCUCAAUUAUUUCUGUCAUGUUUAGUUUUCAUCACUAUUUCUUAACAUAUGUGUGUCUGUGUUAUUUGUAUUAGUGUGUAGGUGAGCCAAUUUUUAGCUAGCUGAUCGGUUUGGCUUUUAUUGUGUUGAUUCAUAUUGGUUGGUCAUUCAACCAAUCGUUUUGACUAAUGUUACAAUGUCUGAGGAGAAGUUAAGAUGAUUAAUGUCUCGGCUUAAUGAUGUUGUUGUCAUUAUAACUACUCGUAUAUAUUGAUGCAGCACACAUAUACACAUGUACGGACACAUGUAUACACACAUAUACACACACGUACAUACACACAUAGAGACAGUUACAGAAAUUUAUUUACAGUUGAAGUUUUUAAUUCUAAUCUAUCGUUCGUUUAUUUGAAAGAUGCGUACGUACAUCUCCAAAUCAUUUUGAGUUCAGUUCAGAAGGGGCCAAAUCUAAUAAUAAUAAUGAGUAAAAAAUUCAUUUAAUUUUGUUAUCAUACAUUUGGAUUUUACCUUUUAUAUGUGUAUAUAUGUCAUAUAUAUAUAUAUAUAUAUAUGUGUGUGUGUAUAUAGAUAUAUAUUUGUGUAUAUAUAUUUAUAUAUAUAUGUAUGCAUUUUCAAAUGUUUUGCAUUUUGUUGAUGCAAGAUGAUGUAUAUGAGCGUUCGUACGUACGUACAUACAUACAUGUGUAUUGAUUGAUCUGUAUAUAAAAUAAGCUGAAAAU